AUGAUGAAUGCAUUUGAAAUAAAUGCACUUGGCCCAUUUUGUUAUUCGAGUUCAAAAUGUACAUUGGGUAUGGUCAAUAGUAUUUCUACAAAGGAGUCAGUAAAUGAAGGAUUUACUAUGGUUGCAGUACAUUCAAGUAUAGUGACGACUGGUGUGCGUCUCGAUUUGAACUUACCCGGUGCAAUGUCAGAUAUACAAUCGAUAGAAACUGUUGAUGGUAUUUUGAAUAAUAUCGUAUUUGCAAAAGAAAAUUUGAAUGAAAAAUGUAUUGCAUGGAACGGAGAUGUCAUGCCAUGA